ACCCAUACUGAUUAUCCAAAUACAACCCUGGUCAUGGAUUCCUUUGUGUUCAAGUUUAGAGUGCCCUUGUCCAAUGGAAAACUUCCUGCUCUGUUUAUUGAUGGAAGGCAAAGUUACAAUUUUGUUUCGCGAUCUGUGGUAGAGAUAUUAUCAAAGAAUGACCAGAUUCACUCUGAGGAUUUGUAUUCGUCGAAUUCUCUGUUUCUCAAUAUUGUGACUGUGCAUAUUGUGAAGUAUCUAUCAGAUUGCCUAACUUCCUUGGAAGUGUGGAGAGACCAUUGGGUGGUACACAAGAAGGCCAUAGCUGAAAGAGAGAGUCAGCUUUCUUUGAAAAAGAAAUCUACUGAGAAGAAAGUAGCAGUUAAAGGGGAUCGAAGUCGCACUAAUUCAGAUAAAACCACUGAUUCCAACAAAAAUGCCAAUGCUGAAAGUAGUUCAGAAAAGGAUGGAAAGGAGGAAAAGAAAGCACCACAUACUACACCCGCAGAACAAGCAGUAGAUGUAAACAAAAUGGAGAAAGUUGAUGGUGCUGAAGUCAAGGAAAAUGCCACUGGGGGGGAGGUUGCAGGUGACAGAAAAAUUGAGGGAAAAGAUGGAGAAGCUGGUGGGGAAGGCAAGCAUGUUGUGAAGGAAGUAGACGAACCUUCUGUUGCUCAGGCAACUGAGCAACUGAGGUUCAGAAUCCUGGAAAAAAGAAAAUUAUGAAAAAGAUUCUUAAACCGAAGGCUGCUGCUAAGAAAGUUGGCAUGGAGGUUACAGUCGGCGAACAAAAUGAGAAGUUGAACGAGAACGAUGUCGGAGACAAGCAAGUUAAACCUGAAAACAGUGUUCAACAGGAUGAGACUUCUGCUGAUCCCUCUGGUGUUAAAACACUUACUAAAAAGAAAAUUGAAAAAAAGUUCCUGUUGGUAAGACCUCUCAGAAGGGAAACAAAGCUGGAGCUUCUGAUGACAUGGAAGCUGAGGUGAAAGCUGAGAAAGAGUCGGACUGUGAAGAAGAUAUUGUGAAGGGUAAGGUAGAUCCCAAUGAUGCUUCUGCUGUACAGGAAACUGGUGUGAAAACAGUUGUGAAAAAGAAGAUCAUUAAGAGGGUGCCUAAACGAAAGGCUACCAACACUAGAGAAAAGGAUGGUAAUGUGGAAGGCAAGAAAGAUGGUGACAAGGAUGAGAAUAAGAUUAAUAAAGGAAGUGAAACAGAGAACGUGGCUGAAUUAACUGCAAAUACACCUAAGCAGGUGGAUGAGGCAAUCAAAUCAGAGAAGAAAAAGAAUCCCAAAACAGAAAAAGAGGGUAAAAAGGAAAAUGCAGAAUCAGAUAAUCAAAAAGGGUCUGGUGCUAAAGUGGAGGCUGAGAUUUCAAAUGAAAAAGUUCCUAGUAAGGAUGUUCAUGAUGGCAAGAGGGAAAGGACAAAAGUUGUAAAGGAGAAAA